UUUUUCGCAUCUGUUUCGCGGGAAAAAGGCAGUUGUUGGGGAAUAACCCAUUCUGCGUAAAAAAAUGUGCGAAGCAUUUCGUAAAGUAGUCCGUUAUAUACAAGGUAUGGAAGACUGGCAUGUUUCUGGUAGUGACGGAGAAGACGCAAGUGAUUAUCAACCCGAUCCUACUACAAUUGUCAAGCUGUAUAAUUUAAUUAACAGUGGAGAGCUGCCUCCAUUGCAAACGUUUAUCCAUCCACGGGAUAAACUUCAGACAAAGGAAUUACAAGUUAAGCAAGAAUCACCAGCAUUAUUAAAGUCCGAAUCAAUUGAAACCAAAACCUCACCCUCAGAACCAAAUGAAUUUGAUUUUGAUUCCCAAUCUACAGCUUCUGUGAAAAGGUUUACUCCAAAAAGAACACCGAAUAGACCGCAGCAAAAAAAGGUUGCCAGAAUGGACAAAGUUUGUUCAAACAUUUUAAAAUAUAAAAAGCUGGAUGAAGAACAAAUGCAAAAAGAGAACAAAGAAACCCCCUAAUACCUAUCCAAAAGUUCAAUGGUGGAAUAACCAUAAAUAUCACUUAAAUCAUUUAUGUUAUGCUGGCUGCUGACAUAUCAUGUACAAACAACUGAAUAUUAUCUGAUGAACAACACAGAUAGCAUGAAUAUAUAACUUUGAAACAUAGAAUGUAUAUAACUUUGGAUCAUUUAUGUUUAGCUGGUUGUUUUUCUUACACUGCAUAUCAUAUACAAACAACUGACUAAAGUUUGAUAAGAUGCACAAGACAGAUAGCUUAAAUAAUUAAAUAUAUAUUACUUUAUUUUUUACUUCGCAAAUAAAUGAAAAAAUAAAUGUUUUAUUAACCCACAAUAAUGAUAGUGCAACAACUUUUCUUAAUUUUAAGGAUUGUAAAAUUAACUAGCUGUUAAAAA